GUUUCAGCUUCGCCCCAUUCGUUCAGUAGUGCGUUAGCUGGUGCCCAAGAAACACACCGCUUCGCACAAUGGAGCUGGCAACUACGGUUUUAUCUUUGCUGUUUGUGAUCGCUGCGGCAGUGUUAUGGUUUGUGCGCAAUCGUUACAAUUAUUGGAGCAACCGAGGGUUUCCAACCAUUCCCAAUCAGAAGUUGCUGUUCGGACACGUAAAGGGCAUUAAUACGAAGCGGCAUGCAUCGUACGUUACGAGCGAAAUCUACCGGGAGCUGAAGAAGCGUGGCGAACCGUACGGCGGGUUCAACAUGUUCAUCAUACCGGCCAUCAUGACGGUGGAUCCGGAGAUAAUCAAAACGAUACUGGUGAAAGAUUUUCACAUCUUUCACGAUCGCGGUCUGUUUAGCUGCCCGGAGAUUGAUCCCCUUUCCGGGACGCUAUUUGCGAUGCAGGGCAAGCCAUGGAAAAUCUUGCGCCAAAAGCUAACGCCCACCUUCACGUCCGGAAAAAUGAAGCAAAUGUUUGGCACGAUUCAGGAGGUGGCGGAAAGGCUAGGCAACUACGUGGACGAGCACCUGGACCAGGAACGGUUGGAAAUGAAGGACAUACUGGCGCGAUACACGACGGACGUGAUCGGUACGUGCGCGUUCGGGAUUGAGUGUAACACGCUGAAGAAUCCAAACUCGGAAUUUCUGAAGUACGGCAACAAGGUGUUCGAGCAGAAAGUGUCCACCAUGAUAAAGAUCAUUUUUAUGCUGAUGGUGCGGAAGUUUAACAGCAAGUUUAUGGUGAAAAUUACCGAUGCGGAUGUGGAGUCGUUUUUCCUAAAACUGGUGCGCGAGACGGUUGAGUAUCGGGAGCAGAACAACGUGAAGCGGAACGAUUUUAUGAACUUGCUGCUCCAGAUUAAAAACACGGGAAAGCUGUGGGAACAGGACGAGGAGCACGUGGAGAAGGGCGAACCAGGGAUGACGCUGAACGAGCUGGCCGCACAGGUGUUUAUCUUCUUUUUGGCCGGAUUCGAAACGUCCUCCACCACCAUGAACUUCUGUCUGUAUGAGUUGGCGAAAAAUUCCGAACUGCAGGAACGGCUGCGGUCGGAAAUCAACCGGGCGAUCGAAAACAAUGGUGGAGAGGUGACGUACGACGUUGUGAUGGGUAUCGAGUAUCUGAAUAACGUCGUUGAUGAAACGCUUCGCAAGUAUCCACCACUGGGAACGAUCACACGUGCCCCGGAACAGGAUUACACUAUUCCCGGCACGAAGCAUGUCAUCCCGAAGAGCACUAUGGUUCAGAUUCCGAUCUACGCCCUGCAUCACGACCCGGACUACUAUCCCGAUCCGGAACGGUUCGAUCCAGAUCGGUUCCGGCCGGAGAUAGCAAACGCGAGACCGCCGUACGUGUACAUGCCGUUCGGCGAAGGUCCACGCAUUUGUAUUGGGCUACGUUUUGGCAUGAUGCAAACCAAGGUGGGUUUGAUCACGUUGCUGCGUCAGUUCCGGUUCUCUCCGACGGAUAAAACGCCCGACCGUAUUCGGUUUAUGCCGAACGUGUUCGUGCUGUCACCGGACAGUGGAAACUAUCUGCAUGUGGAGAAGAUUUAGUACAGCAAGGGGAGCAAUUUACGCCGCUCUGACUUAUCGAAUCAAAGCUUUAGGAAGCGCGUUCCAAGCAGCAGUUGUGUGUAUGUGAUGUGGGCUAAUAAUAGAACGUUUCUUCUUACAACGCACUCUUACGAUCAGCUGUAAUGAUCGAUCGUGCCUGAAUACGGACACUGUUCGCGCUGCUAGAGGGUGGCGUCAUCGCACCAAAUAACUGGCCUUAUGUUUACCAUAUGUUUGUUUUGUUUAUAUGAAUAAAUCCGUGUUUGGCAGCCAGCA